ACUUUCUAAUGAUAACCCUUCUUCUUCUCUGAAGGUUGGAGACAGUGUCAAAAUCAACCACCAUACAAGUGCCAUCAUUCGAUUUAUUGGUACAACAGAGUUCAAAGCGGGUACCUGGGCUGGCGUUGAAUUGGAUAGAAAAGGGUUGGGCAAGAAUGACGGAUCAAUACACGGUCAAACAACAACAGCUAUUCAACAGACCAUCGACACCGUUUCAUUCGCCCGACUCUACUAUCUUACGUUCACCAUCACCCUCUCAUCAAAAUCACCUCAUGCCGGCCGUCCCUCCCUUGCCUACCGCCAAAAUGGAUGCAAAACUUCAAGAACGUAUACGUAACCUAGAAUCAGAAAACGAAAAACUGCGAGCCUCUCAACGAGAAAAAGAUCUGAAAAUGAAAGAGAUGCAGCAAGACAAUAUGGAAUCCAUCCAUCUACUCGAAAAAGUCAAUAAAGAUCUUGAAAGACAAGUGACGGAUCUGAAAGCAAUUAGCGUUGACGCUAUUGAAACUAUCUCCAAACUCAAAACGGAUUGGGAAACAGAGAAAUUAGCCUAUCAUCAACAAGUAGAGCUUCUUCUGAAAGACAUUGAUUUGCUGGAAAUUGUUCUUGAAGACAAAAUGACCAAAAAUCAACACCUUAUUCAAAAGAACAAGCAGAUGAUAGAGCAACAAUACUAUCACCACCACCAUCAUCAACAUCAUAGCAGAAGAGAUGUAUUGAACACACCCAUUAGUGAGGACGAAGAAGAAGAUGAUAACGAUUUAUUGAUUACUAGCAAAUUCUUUGAAACAUGUAUACUAUGCGAAAGAAAAGGCCAUUCAUUGAUUGAAUGUCAUAAAACCUUUUCAGUAAUAAAAAAAGAGCCAGCAAAGUGUAUAUAAAACAAACACAAACAAACACACACACACAACUCCUUAAAGUGUUUGGUUAUUUAUGGUUUUUAAUUUUUUCUUUACUUUUCUUGUGCAUGGGUGCGUACAUAUUACGUAGAGUGUUCCUGCUUCAUCCCUUAUUUUGUUAGACAUGUGAAAACCAUGUCAUCUCUGUUUAUACUUGUUUGCGUAUUCUUCUUCUUUUUUCUCUUCUUUCCUUUUCCUUUUUGUUAUUGUUGUUAUUGU